CACAUCGCUUCUGUCUAACUGCUGCAAAAUAUGAAGUUUUUAUGGCUUGGAAUCCACAAAUCGUUCCUACUUCUGAUUAUCUUUGUGUUAUUUUCCCAUGGUUGGAGCCUCAGAGAGAUAGGUGAUCAUGACUCAUUAGUAAGCCUGCAAGAAGAGAAAGCUGCAACUGGAGAUGAGGGACAGAUGAUGUACCCGUAUGGUUCGAGCUUGCCGGACUGCUCCCAUGCAUGCGGGGCAUGCUUUCCUUGCAAGAGAGUGAUAGUGAGCUUCAAAUGCUCUUCUGCAGAAUCCUGCCCUAUUGUUUACAGGUGCAUGUGUAAAGGCAAAUACUACCAUGUCCCUUCCAAUUGAUCAUGCCUACUCACUGCUGUAGCAUCCGUUCUUAUUCCCAAGCCUCAGCUUAUUGUAAUGUUAGCUUUUGACUAUUUUGAGAUGCUUAGAUCAGUUAAACUCACAUUUGGUCUCU